AUGUCUUCCUUUUACGCUUCAUCGCCUACCGUCGUCCUUCCGGCUCCUUCGGCGCAAUACUUCCCUCACUCGCAAAUACACAAAACACCUACUACCAUGGGCAACAACUCCUUCUUCAAGCAGACUGCUCCCCCUACACAAUCCCUCCCUUCUGCCGCUGGACGCAAACGCUCUCGCGACGAUGACGACGACGAAGAGGUCACUCUGGCUGCUCCCGUGACCACUCCACCAACAAACCCUGGAGAACCCGUCUAUGGUCCUGGAAUGACUCUGCUUAACAAUCCUUAUGGUCAAUCCUCUACUGGUUCCUGGGUUGAAAAUACCUGGGUCGAAACACCCCAAGUCAGCCCUGUAGCCACUCAACCAUCCAGACCCGCAAUGCCCAGUCGCAAAUCCCAACGUCUCGCUCCCUCAGGCCCUGAAUCAAACGACAUUGCUCUGACCAUCGACGCAUCGGCUCACCGUCGUACUGCGUCCGUCGAGCCUCUUAUCGACGAGGUCACGCGCCUUCUUGGCAUCUCAUGGAUGCGUCUCGACGCCAGCGAAGCACUUCAGAUCUCAGCAAAGGCCUACACCAGAUGGGUUCGCAGACACUAUCCUGGCCUUGCCGACAUCGAGCUGUGGUUCGAGAACUCCUCCAUCCCUGGUUACCUUGGUGUUGCAACCAACAAAGCCUCUGGCCAAAAAGUCUUUUUGCUUUGGAGCAAUGAUCUCAAGCAAGCUGUUCUCGUCACCAAAAAUCCAAACGAGCUGGUCUCGAAACUGAUGUCUCCUCAAACGAUCAUCAGCUCGGCCACUGAAUCCAUGUUUGCCAGUGAUGAACCUAUUGCCGAUGACUCGUCAGACAAGGGCUCACCAAGCCCAACCUUUGCCAUUCCUUCUGCUGUUCCUCAAGCUUCUGCCGCAAUGGAAAUCGACUAG